UGAGUGUUGCAAAUAUUGAUCGGCAUGGGCUCCCGGUGGCGGCAAUUGCCGCGCUUGGUUCAGAAAUUACUCCUGGAGGUUCGUCUGCUGCCAGCUAGCUGUCUCGGGCGUGAUCCCGUUAGGCUUUGGCACGCCUCUGCUGUCAGAUACCGUCAGCCGCCAUCUGGCAAUGGACCUACUAGGGGAAAGAGUGGGGCGGGGACGUUGUCUUCCUGGGGGGCGGAAGACAACGAUGAGGGGGACGUCGUCGCCGACGAAGACGACGACGACGACGACCUGGACGUAGAGGACCAGCAGUUGGAGCAAUCGAGGUUGCCGCUUAUCACGCUGGAGACGCAAAGAGUGUUUAUUGUACACCCGGCUGUGAAAUGGGGACCAGACAAGCCGAAGCUGACCACAGCUGAACUGCAGCUUGCUGAAGCUGUUGCUCUGAUAAACACCCUUCAAAACUGGACAGUGAUAGAUAAAAUCAUUCUGCCUAUACAAAUUCCUGACAAGAAAUUUAUCUUUAACAAAGGAAAUUUUCAACUUUUAACUGAAAGGAUUAAAAGAUUGCCUUUUGUAUCAUCUGUCUUCGUAAAUGUAGAAGUACUCUCUCCUGUAACUAAAAAAGAACUUGAAAAGGUCUGGGGCGUGAAGGUUUUUGACAGAUACACAAUUGUCCUUCAUAUUUUCCGAUGCAAUGCUCAGACAAAGGAGGCAAAACUCCAGAUAGCUUUAGCUGAACUCCCACUUCUAAGGACCAAUGUGAGAAAUGAAGUUGCUCAACUGGAUCAGCAGAGAGGUGGCUCAAGAUACAUUAUGGGAUCAGGUGAAACCUUCAUGGAAAUUCAGCUUCGUCUCUUAAAAGAAAAAGAAGUUAAAAUUCGAAAGGCUCUACAGAAGCUCAAAAAAAAUAGGAGUUUACUCAGAAAACAACGGAAGAAAUGCGAGUUUCCAAUUAUUUCAGUAAUGGGCUAUACUAACUGUGGGAAAACCACUCUAAUCAAGGCCCUCACCGGGGAUGCAAAGUUACAGCCCCGAGAUCAACUUUUUGCCACAUUGGACAUUACAGCUCAUGCUGGCCAUCUGCCAUCUCGGUUGACUGUUCUAUAUGUUGAUACUAUUGGAUUUCUUUCUCAGUUGCCCCACAAUCUUGUUGAGUCAUUUUCAGCUACAUUAGAAGAUGUAGCUUGCUCGGAUUUAAUUAUCCACGUGAGAGACAUUAGUCAUCCAGAAACCAACCUCCAGAAGAAAACUGUAUUAUCAGUUCUCAAGAAUCUUAAUCUUCCCAAUCAUCUACUUGAAUCAAUUAUUGAAGUACAUAACAAAGUGGAUUUAAUAGAUAGGUAUCAGCCUAAAGAACAAAAUGCUAUAACCACUUCAGCUCUCCUUGGACAUGGUUUAAAAGAGCUGAAAGAGGAAAUUGAGACAAGAAUUUUGAAAGGAACUGGGAAAAAAAUUCUGACAAUUAAAAUUAAUUUAUCAGGACCUCAACUCAGUUGGCUCUACAAAGAAGCAGUAGUACAAGAAGUUGAUGUUGUUCCUGAAGAUAAUACAGCUAAAGUAAAGGUCAUCAUAAGCGACUCUGCCUUGUGGAAAUGCAAACGUCUGUUUCCUCAGUCUAGUUAUUUGUCUUGAAAGUAACAACCUGCUUUGCUUUUGGGAGGAAGGUCCUCCAGCAAAUUUUUUAAGAGACAAGAAUACUGACUGCAGUUCAGUAGAGCUCCAACAACAGUGAUGAGACUUCACAGAUCAACAAUGACUCCAGUGGACUUAAAAAUUAACACGUGCUUAUGUGAAAAUGUUACUCGUGAUACAAGGCUGUCCAUUUUUCAACAGUGUGUUAGAGAUGACAAUGAGAAGAAUGAUGUGCCAGGACAGUUUUAAGAUUUUGGUAUAGGGUUACCUAUGUGUGAAAUUUAUAUUGAGUAGAGGUUGAGGUAUGCUUAAUGCUACAGAGUAUCUUUAUACUUGUAGGAGUAUAUAUAGCUCAGUUGGCAUUCUGCCAAUUUUCUCUGAGUUUUGAUUAUGUGAUGGGUGUUGAUACUAUAACAUGUCAUUUAGAGUCUCUUAAUUUGUUGGAAUAAUAUGUGAUUGCUUCACAUGAGUUGCAGAUUCUUAUAUCUAAAAAAUCUGUAUUCUGGUGAAACAGAAUAAGCAGCUCAACCCAGAAUAACACAACUCAAAUGGGAAUUGCCAGGAUAAUAUGCUGUAUGCUUAUCCACAUAGGUUGGAGGUCUCAACGCAUAAUGUUACCCAUUAGUUCAAUUCUGUCUGUGGGCUACAGAAUCGGUUGCUGUCUCUCCUGCUAAAGGUAUUGUUCUGGAAGAUUUUCAGAGCAAACGUCACAGCAAACAGUUACUCAGGAUGAUAGAUCAGGAAAGUGGCAGGUAGGGUCCUAUUCACGGUUGACUUCCUCUCCCUAAUCCAUCACCAAUAUCAGAGAUAUUACACAACCUCAUAAACCUUAGCCUCAAAACCUCAAAACAUCUUCCUUUCUUCAGCAGAGAGUUAAGUCCUGUUUUGCUUCCUUGUUCUUUCAGACAAAACUCCCAGGACAGUCCCUAGCUGGGGAGAACCAGGUUCUAGGCUACUCCCUCAGCCAUGGAAACUAUUGGGUGACUUUGGUUCAAUCAGCCAUUCUCAGUCUGAUCUGUCUCACCAUAUUGUCAGAUAAAAUAUGGAGAUAUGAUGAUGGGAAACCCCAUGUAAACUAUCUUCAGCUGGAAGAAGGAUAAGCCAUAAAUCUAACUAUUAAUCAUAUUUAAUUUACCAGUCUACUACUCAAGUCACUACCAUCUCAACUUUGGGCAUAUCAAGAUGUAACAGCCAAUGUUUACUGAUACAUCAACAUAAAGUCUAAAAAUAAAUAUGGCAGUUUAGUACAGAAAGCCAGUGUCAGAACUUGAAAAAGUAAAACCAUGCAAAUAAAUAAACGUUUAAAGAUUAAUUUAUUUGUUCCUAACAUAGUUCUUGUAAAAAAAACUGGGCCAGGUUAACGAUGGCCCUUCUCAGCCUUAAUUAUCUGCCUUUUACUGUCAAUAUAUGUACUGUCAAUACAUACGUAAGCUUUUUAGUAUGCUCCUAAAAUUCUUGUUAGAGGAUAAGAGGGAACACAACCAACUUAGGGGUUUUUUCAGCUAAGAAUAUGAAACUAGAAUACAGUCCUA